AUGAAGGCCACUUUCUUCUCCAUCUUCGCUCUCGCCGCUUCGGCCAUUGCCUCUCCCGUUGCCCAGCCCGCUGGUGUCAACCCUACUCCCGACACCCAAGAGGUCCGCGGCGCUGUCGCCAACCUCGAGAACAUCCUCAAGAUCGCUGGUGUUGACCAGGUCGUCGACGAGGCCACCAAGGGCUCUGCUUCCAAGCGAGACAUCUCCAGCCCCGCCCAGCUCAUCUCCGUUCUCCAGAGCGGUGCUUCCAACAUCAAGAGCAAGACCUCUGGCUUCAGCGGCAUUGCCGACAAGGUCAAGGCCGGCGACCUCACCAAGUCUGAGGGUGCUGACAAGGCUAUCCCCGGCCUUGAGGGUGUCAACUUUGAGCUCACCCAGAUCGUCACCAAGCUUACCGGUGCUGCUGGUCUCCCUGUCGCUGACGGCGAUGUUGACAAAGUCCUCAACCUCGUUGUUGUUCUCGUCUCUGAGGUCCUCGCUGCUGUCAAGACCAUCGUCACCGUCACUGGUCUCCAGCCCCAGCUCAUCUCUGUCCUCCACUCCGUCUUCCAGAUCCUCGCCAAGGUCCUCACUCUCGUCAUUGGCCUCGUCGGUGCCAUCCUCCCCGGCCUCAUUGCUGCUCUCUCUCCUCUCCUUGCUGGCCUCGGCACUGGUGUUCUCGCCCCUCUCCUCACCCCCGUCGUCGCUCUCCUCGCUGGCCUCGGUGCCGGUAUCUAA